AUUAACCGCUGAAAAUCAAGCGAUACCAAGCAUACAUCGAUUGUAUCGAUUAAUUCGUGAAUCAAUUAUCGAUCAUUAUCGACAGUAAUCGUUUAUAAGAGAAUCGCUAUUGACCUUGUAUCAUUUUAAGGUGAAUUGUGAAAGGAGCCCUUGGUUCUUAGUAAAAUCAACCGCGAAACACGAACGUUUUAAACGUUCAAAUAUCGAUCAAGUAAGAAAAAGAUAUUUAUUAAUAAGUAAAGAUAAAAUUAGGAAUAUAUAAAAUACGAGUGAUUUGUAAAAGAAAAAGAAAGAGAAAAAAUGGCAACCAUAGUUCUAGAUGCAAAAGACGUUAAAGCGAAUGCUUUGAAAGCUUUUGCCCAAGAAUUUGGUGUCGAAGCGACAAUUUGUGCUUGUGCGCCUGGUCGUGUAAAUUUAAUCGGUGAACAUACGGAUUACAAUGAAGGAUUUGUAUUGCCAAUGGCGUUACCUAUGGUCACAAUAAUAGCUGGAAGACCAAAUGAUAGGAAAGAAUGUAAGAUUAUUUCUCUUAAUGAAAAUAUUGGUUCAUUACGUCAAGUUGAAUUUGAUGUUAGUGUUAAAAAAAAUAUAAAAACAGGAGAACCCAAGUGGGCUAAUUAUGUAAAAGGAUGUAUUGCGUAUUUUCCAUAUGAUUUGUCAGGUUUUGAUGCCGUAAUAAUCUCAACAGUACCAAUUGGAGCAGGUUUAAGUAGUUCUGCUGCUCUAGAAGUAGCAACUUAUACAUUUCUUGAAGUAAUGAGCGGUCAUAAGUUGGAAAAACCUGAAGACAAGGCCUUGGCAUGCCAACGAAUAGAACAUGAUUUUGCUGGGGUACCAUGUGGUGUAAUGGAUCAGUUCAUUUCUGUGAUGGGAAAGGAAGGUUGUGCACUUCUUUUAGAUUGUAAAGAUCUUUCAACCAAGCAUAUACCUAUGAAACAUAUAAAUAAUUAUGUUUUUCUAAUUACAAACUCAAAUGCACCUCACAAACUAAGUAGUAGUGCUUAUUGCAAACGCAGAGAUUGUUGUUACGAGGCUGUAAAGAAGCUUAAUAUAAAGAGCUUAAGAGAAGCGACGCUAGAUAGUAUUGAAGUAUUAAAAUCACAGAAUGCUUCUGAGGAGAUGUUGAAAAGAGUUCGUCAUGUAGUCAGUGAAAUUCAAAGAACAAUUAAUGCUACAGUUGCUCUUGAAAAUGGUGAUUUCGUACAGUUUGGUCGUUUAAUGAAUGAAAGUCAUGAAUCUUUACGAAAUGAUUAUGAAGUUUCUUCCAAAGAACUUGAUAUUUUGGUAGCUGCAGCUAGAGAAGUUAAUGGUGUUUUAGGAAGUCGUCUAACUGGGGCAGGUUUCGGCGGUUGCACUGUUACUUUAUUAGAAAAAAAAGCAAUUGAUAAUGUUAUUCAAAAUAUAAAAGCAAAGUAUACUGGAACUCCAUCCUUUUAUAUUGCAAUCCCAGCUGAUGGAGCAAGAGAAAUGAAUAUAAACUAUUAAAUGAAAAUGGAAUUCGGAAAAUAAGAUAUGUAA